AUGUCUUCUGGAGCGACAUCGCAGGUAUGUGGUACUCGAAAGCGGCUUGAAGUUAAGAUUGAAUGCUUCUCGCCUCAGGACGGUGCUUGGAAGAGUCGCGAGCAGGCGUCCGAAGCACAGUACAUCCGUCAAAAGGAACAAGAACAGCUUGCUGAUAUUCGAGCCAAGCUAGAUGCGGAGUCAUCAUCAUCUACAUCCAACACCGACUCAGGGGUGCCUCGAGAGGAUCGACCAUACGAAGCAGGGUUCGGUGGGCAAGAAGACCUUGAGGAUCGUUAUGCCACCACAAGCGGCGAGCAUUAGGAUUUGAAUAAAUCUCUGUACAUACAAUCAAAGAU